GGCUGGUGGGUUGGUAUCGCUGGUAUGCAUCAGUUCACUGGUAUGCAUUGGUAUGUAUAUGAGCUGAUAUCUAUGCAGCUUUGUUAUAGUGCAUCUCCAUUACAAGGUUAAGGGCUAAAACAUUUAAAACAGUCCUGCAGGGUUGAAUAGAGAUAUAGACUGAAUGGCUGCAGAAAACUUUGAUUGGCAUGCUCAUAUUACUGGGCUAAUUGCAAGAAGGAAUGUGACUUCUGAAGAGCUAAAAGAUGCGUACUCUUCUUGGGGUAAAGGAUAUGAUGAGAGCAUGGUUGAAGACCAUAACUACAAAGGUCCUGCUGUUGCAGCAGAAUUAUUUGCACAGAAAUUAAAGGAAUUUGGAUACAGCAAUGAUGCUCACAUUGUGGAUCUUGGUUGUGGCACUGGCCUGGUUGGGGAACAACUGUGGAAGCAUGGAUAUAAGAAUAUUGAUGGCGUAGAUUUAACACCAAAAUUUCUGGAGCUUGCUAAGGCCAAAGGGAUAUACGGUUCUUUGAAGCAGGGAAUAUUGGGCUCACCACAGUGCAAGGAAUUGGGCAUUGAAGAGAAUCGGUAUGAUGCUGCCAUUUGUGUAGGGGUGCUAUCUAUUGCGCAUGCACCAAGAGAAGGCUUGGAUGAUCUUGCACAUGUGGUAAAGCCAGGAGGGUUGGCAUGCUGUAGCAUCCGGGAUCUUGCCCUUAACGACGCCGAGAGUGGAUACCAGGAAAAAAUGGAGCAACUUUGUAAAGAUGGGAAGUGGAAAUUGGUCACAAAGCAUUACCAUCCAAAGUACCAACUUAAAGAAGAUGGUGCCUGGUAUUUUAUAUAUCAAAUAUUAUGACAUUCAGGAAUCAGGAUAUCCAUUUUUUUGCCUUUAUCUUCUUUAUUUAAAUUCAUUUUUAAAAUUUAAUAUCUGGUUUAUUUUACUGGAGUAUAAUUACUUGUACGUAUUUAAUGCAGUUGAUAACACAAAAUUCUAUUAUACAAAAUCCUUUAAGUAAGAAUCUCUUUUUAAUAUUUUUCAACUUUCCUUUUUUACUGCUUCAUUUGAUGUCCAUUCAUUACUUUUGU